UUUCUCCUCUUUUUGCCUCUUCUCCUCCUGGCCUUUUCCAUCCCCUUCCGGCGUUUAAUCGGAGGGUGCGCCUUGUCUCCCUCCCCCCCAGUCUGGCCAAAAAGGUGGUCUCCACAGUGGCAGUAUCAGUGGACUUGGUUCUGGCCAAGAAGGUGGUAUCUACAGUAGCAGUAUCAGUGGAUCUAGUGUUUGAUCGCCAGGGGGGAGGGGAAUUCAGCAUCACGUGGCGGGUGGGCGACCUUUGGAGCCACACGGAGAGGGGCAGAUGUGCCGACAUCUCACGCGCUGCAGUGGUGGUUGAGGGGUUCCAAAACGGCGAGCCAAUGGCGGUGUGCCAGCUGGCGGAAGGUGUGAAGGAGCACCGCUUUGGAGGCGGGCUGAAGCCUGUGGAGCAGCAGUGGGUGGUGGGGCAGAUAGGGGAGUUUCUGGGUAUUGGGUUUGGGGGUGUUCUGGGGGUGGAUGAGGAGGCGAGCAGGCGAGGAGGGAGGAAUAAUUGGAGUGAUGAUGAGGAGUGGUAA